UUGGCCGGUGGGGUGGGUCAGUCCGGUCCACGCAUCAGCCUCCCAAUCCCCACCACCACCACCACCGCGCACACAAACCAGAGCCAGCGCCCACGAAUUCCGGCCGAGCCAACCAAUCCCGCGGAUCUGAUCCAGCCAUCCAUGCCUAGCUAGGUCUAGCCAAGCCAAGCCAGCCGUCCCGUCUCCAUCCCACCACCUCCCCCCCUCCCGUCCGCCCCGUCCCGUCCGGCCGCGCCGCGCCGCAACCCAACCCCCUCGUGGCCUCGUCUCGCCUGCGUCGCUCGCUCGAUCCGUGCGCGCGCGCGCUAGGUCGCCAUGGCCUCGGACCAAACCCUCCCCGUCCCGGUCUCGGUCGAGCUGCCCCCCGCCGCGCCCAACCCUCCUGACCCGACCGCACCCCUCCUCCCGCACGCGGACGACCCCUCCGCACCCCCCGCCGCCGCCGCCGCCGCCCGCAAGCUCCCCGUCAAGCGCCGCUCCCCGCCGCCGCGCCCCUCCUCCCCCUCCUCCUCCGACCCGGCCUCCUCCGACCCCGCCGCCAAGCAGCAGCCUCAGCAGCCGCCGCCGCCGUUCAAGUUCCAGCGGAUUUGGUCCGAGUCCGACGAGCUCCGCUUCCUGCAGGGCCUCCUCGGCUGCGGCGCGCAGGGGCUCGUCUUCCCGCGGGACCUCAACGUCUUCUACGACCGCUUCUCCGAGUCCAUGCCCUCGCCCUACACCCGCUCCCAGCUCUCCGAGAAGCUCCGCCGCCUCAAGAACAAGUUCCGCGGCAUGUCCGCCCGCGUCGCACGGGGCCUCGACCCCGCCCGCCUCGCGCCGCACGACCGCGACGUGCUCCACCUCUGCUCCCGCCUCUGGGACCCCGCCAACGCCGCCACCUCGCCCUUCGCCGCCGCCGGUGACGCCUCCUCGGGGAACAAGCGCCGCCGCGCCGCCCCGCGCGCCGGGCCGCUCAUGCCCCCGGAUCCCUCAGGGGACAGCAAUUCCCAUGAUUACAACGGCGGUAUUAGCGCCGGUACGCCCGGCGCAUUUGGGGAUGGGCACGGUGGUGAGGAAAUGAUGUAUCUUGAGCAGGAAAGUGGGCACUUUGGUUAUCAUGGAGAUGUCGCGAUUGCGGCUGACGGAAGCCUUGAUGGGAUUGUGAAGGUGCAGCCUGAGACUCUUCCUGCCCUCCCCAGUAUCGGGGACAUUGCGGUUCACAGUGAGAAUGGCAACGGCAAGGCCGUGGUGCCACGUAGCAAUGAGCAUCACAUGGCAAAUGCCGUGCUGGAUAUAUUUGAGGAGUGCUUGCGAGAGGUGAAGGCCAAUGGCAUUACCUACGGUGCUAAUGUGAAUGGGGGCAGUGAACUUGCAAGGCGAUGGAGAGCACAGAGGAUUGAUGAGCUUGAUGUGUUGAGCCGGAGGCUAAGGUUGCUUGUUGAGGAUGCUGCAGCGGCUGGUCGCUAAGCGGACAUACUGGUGGUUUUGGUGACGUGCUUCCGCCCUUCACCCCAUGUGUAUAAAAUAUUAAAAUCUAGAUUAUUAUGCUAUAUGCUUUUGUAGUUCCUCACUCAGCUUGGGCCUUGCCUUAGUCAGCCUAAUAUGCCUAUUAUUUAUGCCUAUGUACAUCGUCUACGGAUAUUGCCUUUUAGUUUAAUUAUUUCAUCAGCAUAAUAUAUAUGGUUCCAGCAUUGUUAUCUAUACAGCUGCCUGCUGUUGCAAUCGUUUUA